AUGAACAUAUCAGCUAAUGUGGUCAACAAACCACUUCUAGCGCCUCGCCCUGCUCCCUCCGAUACCCAAAGAACAGAGGUAGUGGUGCCCAGACAAGCUCCGCGUCGGAAUGUCACCUCUGCGUGUACAGCUUGCAAAGCAAAACGAAAGAAGUGCGAUGGUAACCAGCCAUGUUCAUCGUGCGCUCGCCUGGAAGUUCACUGUCUGUACGACAUAAGGCAUGAUGGCCGUCGAGACCUUAAGAAGAAGCUUGUGGCGUUUGAGAGAGAUAGCCAAUCUCUUCACAAGGUCUUGGACUUGAUAAGAAAUGCCAACGAAAAAGAUGCCGCCUCUUUCUUCAUUUCAAUGCGAAAAGCUUCCUCAAUUGAGGAGCUAGAAACUAUUAUCCAAGAGCAGCCAGAAAUAGAGUUGGAUACGAGUAUAAUCAGCGGAGGCUUUAAGGGAAACAGAAACAAGCCUGUUAUCCCAACAUCCAUCAUAGGAUCUACCACGCCGAGCACGAAUUCAAUUCCCUCAGUCCCGCCGAAAUCGGAUUACAGCACAGCGGAUAAUUAUGCAUCCAGUGGUUUGAGUGUUACAGCUUCGCCUUUCUUAGACCCAUCAUUAAAGACUGAGCAAUCGCUGGCUUCGAGUAACGUGCUCGCUACCACGGAUCAUUCAAAGCACGCCCAGAAGGCGUCUUUGGUUCAUAGGCGCCGGUCUCAAAGUUCUGAGGCGAGUGAUGUCGUUGAUAGCAGAAGUACAUCACAGCAAGGCUCUCCAAACGUCUCUAGCUACGGAUAUCAGUAUGUUGACAGACAUCUCUUCCCCUUCCAUGCGCUAUCCGGAGGCUAUUCCAAGCACCUCAUCCAUGAAAGUCAAUCCUGGCAUCCUGCCUUAAAGUACAACUCAGACUUUUUCACCUGUCCACCACCAUCUUAUUCACUGGGCGGUAGAUGGGCCCCUUUGGGAACACUCAGGAUUGGGGAUUGGCCCCUAACGCUUGAAGAACAGCAAUUGGAACUCUUCCGUAAGCCGGAAUGGUCGAUCUAUCCAUUGGUUUUCGAUGAUGGUUCGACGCUAUGUCGGAAGACCACGAGCUUCUUAACAGCUGCCCGCAUUUUGAUCGAACAGGGCACCUCGGUCGAUACCAUUAUUGGAGAUGAACAACCACAGGUCGACUGCUUCUUUGCCCCACGGCGCCUGACGUCUCUCGGAGGGAUUAGCGUCAGCCAUUGGGCGUGCUCGUUAUUCUCGUCCUUUGAGGACCUAGAACGUCCCUUCGUGCUGAUAUGGAUCCUUCUAGUCUAUCGAUUAAUGAGGUGGAUGAUAUGUCCCUCCGCAGAAACCUACGCCAGUCUCUUACCCUACCAACGACCAACACUAGUCCAACGCACCAUCCCACACAGCGUCGUGGUCGAUCUGCUCCACCUCCCGGACCUGCGCGACGCUGUCUGUCGACGACCGCGAGACUUCCUCAGCUCCGCGCAUGGCAUCUCCCUCAAUUGGCCGAAACCUCUGAAUCAAGCCGUCGAGGUGCACCCGACCAACGGAUCGCUUUACCUCACCGAGGAGUUUAAAUUGCACGGCUCCGACCUCAAUAACUGGACGUACAGCACCGACUUCCUCCUGGUGUUUCCGGAACUUCAGGGGAAAGUGCGUGUGCGGGAUCCGUGA